AUGCUGGCCAGCCGAUUUGUUGUUCGCACGCGUGGUAUUUUUGCCGCCCCUACAUUCAUUUCUAGAGGUUUUUCGCGGUCCGUCGUCCCAAUGGCCAAGGCAAGACAAUAGUUAUUUUGAAUGAAAUUCGAGAGGUUUUCAGGUUCGUAAGGAGCGAGACACUUUCGGUGAACUCGAUGUUCCAGCCGAAAAGUACUAUGGAGCUCAGACCGCCAGGUUUGUUCACUUUUUCAGUAAUAGAAGCUAAAAUAUGAGAUCCUGUUUUUGGAAGCACUUUGUGAGUUCGAAAUUGAGAAAAAUUGCACGCAAACAUGAAAAAAAAAUUUUUUUUGACAAAUUUUUGGAUUUUUCAAAUUAGGAAAACGGGAAGUUUUUCAGUUAUUAUUUUAUGGUAUUCCAUUUAUUUCAGCCCGGUUGAUAUGAAUAUUAUUUUAAAAAAAUAAUGGAAGUUUCGAAAAACUUGAAAUUUCAUUUCCAAAGUUUUACAUCGCGUUUGGAUUUAAAGAUAUUUGUUUGAAAAAAAAUCUGUUCUUUCUUUUUAGAUUAUUCAUUCGCUCUCAACUUGAUCAUUUUUUUUUUCAGGUCUCAGAUGAACUUCAAAAUUGGAGGCGUUGAAGAGCGAAUGCCGAUUCCAGUGAUCCAUGCAUUCGGAAUUCUGAAGAAAGCUGCGGCCUUGGUCAGACCGGAUUUUUCUUCUUUUUUUAAAUGGAAAUAAGAGAUUGCAGGUCAAUACCGAAUUCGGUUUGGACAAGAAAAUUGCUGAAGCCAUCUCUCAAGCUGCUGGUUAGUAUUAAUUCUGAAAGAAAAAAUUGAAAAAAGCUCAAUUCUAAGUGGAAAAAAAUCAUAUUUGAAUAAUGCAGACGAAGUAGUGAGCGGCAAAUUGGACGAUCAUUUCCCCUUGGUAACCUGGCAAACUGGAUCUGGAACUCAGUCCAACAUGAACGUCAACGAAGUCAUUUCCAACAGGUUAGUUUCUUUUUUCCUUUUCUUCUCUUUGACUUUUCUUUUUAAUCUGUUCUAUAUUAGGGUAUUUCUGUGAAAUUAUCUUCCGGUUUCCUCAAACACAGAUGAUCAUUUUUUUCCAAUUUCUCAAAUUUCAUCAUUUUUAUAUUCUCCAGUGAAGUAUGAAAUCAUAUUGCAUUUAGAGAUUCAAAAAAAAGAGAGCUGUAAAUGAGUUUCUAAUUUAAUUAACCUAACCUCUGCUCUCAAAAAAAAAUUGUUUUGAUUAUUUUUGAUACGUUUUCUUUUGCAUUCUUUUUUCAAAAGGUUUGAUGGGUUGUGGGUUUUUUUUAACUCACUUCUCCUUUUUCAGGCUAAAGAUUGACAAAAAAAAAUUAAUGACUUUAUUAACCGUGUUAGAGUGCUUCUGGGCCAGAUUACUUCCAAAAUAGGUCAUCUGUUAAAACAGGAAAAAUGUAAAUCUUCGAUUCUCAAAACUGAAAUUUCGCGCAGAUAUUCACUAUAUGAUUUGAUUCCUAGUCCGUCAAAGAGUGGCCAGCACCUGUGAAAAAAUGUCUGCUCAUAUAAACUUUCUUCCAUGAAGGUCAUCUUCUGCUCUUUUAGAGCUAUCGAAAUUCUCGGAGGAGAACUUGGAUCCAAGAAACCCGUGCACCCGAACGACCACGUCAACAUGAGCCAGUCCAGCAACGACACCUUCCCCACGGCCAUGCACAUCGCCGUCGGUCGCGAGAUCAACAAUCGCCUUCUGCCGGCCUUGAAGCAGCUGCGAAAGUCGCUGAACAACAAGGCCGAGGAGUUCAAGGACAUCAUCAAGAUCGGUAGAACUCACACGCAAGACGCCGUUCCCUUGACUCUCGGCCAGGAGUUCUCUGCCUACGUCACUCAGGUAUUAAAGUUUCACUGUUUUCUGAAAUAUCGGAACAGCUCAUUUCACUCACAAGAGUAGAACUUCUAAGAACAACCAAAUUCUUUUGAUUUCUUCUUUCAGUCUCGAAAAUGUGCCGUGCCCUUGUGAGUCCUUUUUAAGGAAUAAAUGUUCGCCAUAUUUCAUUUCAUUUCAAGUGUUUAUUCGCCAUUCCGCAAUCUGCACGACAAAUACAAAAAAUAAAACAUCAAAUAAAUCUAACAGCUGAUCUGUGAUAUGAGUAUUUUUUUUAUAAAAAUCGAAAGACAGUUGUUACAUUUAAUAUAAAAGAGGCUGUUCGUAGUUUUUUUCGAACGUUUCAACUUUAUUCAAAGUGAAAAAUAAAGAAAAAAUUUUUAGAGCUUUUUUUGAAUUUUUUUGAAGUCUGUUUUUGAAAUAAAAUAAGGAAUAUAGGUUGACAACGGAAUCGCUCGCGUGGAGGCGACGCUUCCGCGUCUUUACCAACUCGCCUGCGGAGGAACUGCCGUCGGAACCGGCCUCAAUACUCGCAAAGGAUUUGCUGAAAAAGUCGCUGCGUCAGUUUUUAGAACUAUUUAUGAGUAGUUUGGAAAAACGUUUGACUUUUGUUAAUACGAAGAACUACCUGUGAAAAAAUCAUGCAACCUUUUUUUGAAAAGUUUUUUUCUAUAAUUGAAAACCAGUAUAUAAUAAUUCAAAAGUUUUUCAAGUUUGCUUUUUUUAACAGUUUUUCCUAAUUCACGUAAUUUUUUUAGUAAGGUAUCGGAAAUCACCAAUUUGCCGUUCGUCACUGCCCCCAACAAGUUCGAAGCCUUGGCUGCUCAUGACGCUCUCGUCGAGGUGUCUUAGAUUCCUCCAGAGCCAUAGAAAAGGAGAUAAUCAGGUCCACGGAGCUCUGAACACUCUGGCGGCGUCGUUCAUGAAGAUCGGCAAUGACAUCCGCUUUUUGGGCUCUGGUCCGCGGUGCGGACUCGGCGAGCUUUCGCUUCCAGAAAAUGAGCCUGGAAGCUCGAUUAUGCCCGGAAAGGUGAAUCCGACGCAGUGCGAGGCCAUCACCAUGGUCGCCGCUCAGGUCAUGGGAAACCAGGUGAGACUACGCGUGUAAAACUGAAUAAUUAAUCUUCGGGGUGACAGGUGGCCGUCACUGUCGGCGGUUCCAACGGACAUUUCGAACUCAACGUUUUCAAGCCACUUAUUGUUAGAAAUGUUCUGCAAUCUACCAGGUCAUUUUAAUUUUUGUUUUCCAAUCUAGAGUAUUCGUUUCUAUUUGUUUAUUCUGUUGCCAAUCAUCAAAUUGAUUUCUAAGUAUUAUAAAUGAACCAAGACAAAGUCCAAGAAGACUUUAUGAGUGACAAUUCUGUCUCACGUCGAAAAAUCUUUGUCAAGGCAGUCGGUUUAUGAAUACUACUAUUUUUUUCUGUUUUUCCAAAUAACUAUCCCACCUUUCUAUAAUCUUUUUAAAAAGUCUCAAUCAGUUUCAAAUUCAACUGAGGUACUCUCUGAACUCACACUGAAACUUCUGAGAUAGGGUUUAAAAUUACGAGAUGCAUUUUUUACGUUCCUCAGAAUUCAUGUUCAAGUGUUAUUAAGGUCUGUGAAAAAAAUAAUUACCAUCCAAAUUGAAAAAAAAAAACCUAUCUUUUUUAUCAUCGAUUCCAUUUCUUCUAAUUUAGCUUGGCUAAAAAUAUUUUUUCAUUUUAUUUUCUAGUGGUUUCCAUUGUAACUUUUCUACAGAAUUCUGGCCGAUUCAGCCGUUUCGUUUGCUGAACAUUGCGUCGACGGCAUCGAAGCCAACAGAGACAAUAUCGCCAAGGCAAUCGAAUGCCGGUUUCGACUUUUUGAAUAAUGUUUUCCAGAUUAUGAGAGAGUCUUUAAUGUUGGUCACUGCUUUGAACCCUCACAUUGGCUACGACAACGCCGCAAAGAUCGCCAAGGUAGACUCACGAAACGAAAAAUUGAGUGCUUCAAAACUCUGUUCCAGACUGCCCACAAGAACGGAACGACAUUGAAAGAAGAGGCCGUGAAACUGGGAAUUUUGACCGAAGAGCAGUUCAACCAAUGGGUCAAACCUGAGAACAUGCUCGGCCCCAAAUAA